GGCGACAGAUCGAGCGGGCGGGCGGCGGCGGCCAUAUUAUCAGUGAGGUGUCAGUAUUUUCCGAACGUGACGGGAUUUCUGGGUGUGGAUCGCGCGAUUUCCUGUUUCGCUGGCCGUGUCGCGAGGUAAUAGUGCGAGUGCCAGGUGGAUCGUCGUGGAUGUAGUGCGGCACACGUGUCACGGGAUCCUCGGGUUGCGUGCAAGCAGAAUCAGAGGAAUAGUUCCGCUGUUUAGUACGUGAAAAACACAACUUCCACGAUGCCGAAAUCGAUGAACGUGAGGGUGACGACGAUGGACGCGGAACUGGAGUUCGCGAUCCAGGCGACGACCACCGGGAAGCAGCUGUUUGACCAGGUUGUGAAGACGAUCGGACUGCGCGAGGUGUGGUUCUUCGGUCUCCAAUACACGGACAAUAAGGGCGACCUCACCUGGAUCAAACUCUACAAAAAGGUGAUGAAUCAGGAGGUGAAGAAAGAGACUCCGCUGCAGUUCAAAUUCCGUGCAAAAUUCUAUCCCGAGGACGUCGCCGAGGAACUGAUACAAGAUAUUACGCUUCGACUUUUUUAUCUUCAGGUGAAGAAUGCUAUUCUCACAGAUGAAAUAUACUGCCCACCGGAAACAUCCGUCUUGCUGGCCUCAUAUGCCGUUCAGGCGAGACAUGGAGAUUAUCAAAAGGGCAAUCAUCCCACUGGCUUCCUGGCAAACGAUCGACUGUUGCCACAACGUGUCGUUGACCAACAUAAGAUGAGUAAAGAGGAAUGGGAUAGUUCGAUUACAAACUGGUGGCAGGAACACCGUGGCAUGUUGCGAGAAGAUGCUAUGAUGGAAUAUCUGAAAAUUGCUCAGGACUUAGAGAUGUAUGGUGUGAAUUACUUUGAAAUUCGCAACAAGAAGGGCACAGACCUUUGGUUGGGUGUGGAUGCUUUAGGUUUGAACAUCUACGAGAAGGACGAUAAGCUCACACCGAAAAUCGGCUUUCCCUGGUCCGAGAUACGGAAUAUCUCGUUCAACGAUAAGAAAUUUAUAAUCAAGCCAAUCGACAAGAAGGCGCCGGACUUUGUCUUUUUCGCUAGCAGAGUGAAGAUUAACAAGAGAAUUCUUGCACUAUGCAUGGGCAAUCACGAGCUUUACAUGCGCAGACGUAAGCCAGAUACGAUUGACGUGCAGCAGAUGAAGGCUCAAGCCAGAGACGAAAAGAUCGCAAAACAGCAACAGAGAGAGAAAUUGCAAUUGGAAAUAGCUGCCCGAGAACGUGCGGAGAAGAAACAGCAGGAAUACGAAGAGAGGCUAAGAAACAUGGCAGAGGAAAUGGACAGGCGGCAGGCUGAGUUGAAUGAAGCUCAGGAAAUGAUUCGACGCUUGGAGGAACAGUUGAAACAGUUACAGGCUGCUAAGGAAGAGCUAGAAAAUCGCCAAAAGGAAUUGACGGCGAUGAUGGAAAAACUGGAACUCUCGCACGAGAUGGAGGCUGCGGAACGUGCUAAACUUGAACAGGAAAUAAGAGCUAAACAGGAAGAAGUGCAACGUAUACAGUCAGAGGUGGAGGCUAAGGAUGCAGAAGCUAGGAGAUUACAAGCAGAAUUUGAAGCUGCCAAAUUGAGACAAGAGGAAGCUGAUCGGCAAUAUCAGGCUAAUCAGACCCCGCAUCAUCAUCAUGUUGAGGAAAACGAAGAGGGCGAGGAGGAAGGCGAGGAUGAAGUGCCUCAAGGAAACGUCACCAAGGAUCUCGCGACUGAUGAGACUAUAGUUGAUCCUGUCGAGGAGCGACGCACUUUAGCGGAGAGAAACGAACGUCUCCACGAUCAAUUAAAGGCAUUGAAACAAGAUCUUGCUCAAUCGCGCGACGAAACCAAGGAGACAGUGAUGGAUAAGAUUCACAGGGAAAACGUUCGCCAAGGUCGUGAUAAAUACAAGACUCUUCGCGAGAUUCGCAAGGGCAACACAAAACGCCGCGUUGAUCAGUUUGAGAACAUGUAAAUUAAUGUACGUGCAUCUAAUCGCUUACCUUAUCCUUUCCUAUUUUCAAUUUCUCACUUGACUUCGUGGAAAUGGGAAAUACAGUAAAACAAUAAUGAGAUAACGAUAAGAGGAAGAGAGAAAAAGAGAUAAGGAAAAAAAAUAGAGAAAGGUAUAGAUUCUACAAUCGAUAUAUAAAUAGAAUCACAGUUGAAUAACAUACAUUUACUCGAUCAAUUUAACCUUUCUCAAAGUUUACGCACGGAUGCCGUGAUUAUCGAAAAUUAAUGAGUAUGAUAUUCGUGUCUGAUACAUAGUUCGAUGACAAGAUUCUAUACCGCUCAUGCAAACCGAUAAUCAAAGCUCUCACGUUUUUUGGCGAGGAGAACGCGACGAGAGCAAGCGAUUCGUACCGUCUUCCACAUAUGCUUCCACAUAAAUGAAUGCUGCACGAUCUCGGUUUUAUCGUCGAAAAUCAGCACGUGUCUCCGCAGCGUGGGUAAAUUUUCUUGUUAUUUUAUGCAAAUGUGUUUUGCUUGUGAAAAAAAAUGAUGAUUUUCUCUUUCUUUCUUUUACCUUAAACUAAAUCCCAGCUAAUCGAAAAAUAGUUCUGAAUCUUAUUAUUUUCUAUAUAUUAAUAAUUUAUCAAGCAAUUUUAUUAUCUUAGGAGCAGACAUACCUCUCAUUGAAAUGGCAAAAAAAUUUACAUCACGAUUUGUUACCUUUACUUAAUCUUAUUACUUAAUCUUUUGUCUGCGCAUUGACGGAUUCUAACGUUUUCUGUAUAUUAUGAGAUGCUAAUACUGGGUCUGGUUUCAUUAUCACUUUACUGCCGGUCAUUUAUUUGCGAUCUUUAACAGUUUAACGGUUACCUAAACUCUGCCUUGUCCGUCGCGGUCCUUAUUGCGCCAUCGCGUACUGUCCGUCCUCGUUAAUAAGAAUUCGCUUUUAAGAAGCAUUUACACUUCAUCAGCACGACUACCACGGCUACUCAUAUCUCUACUGAUGCGUCGCGGUGACAUUCGCGGUCGUUACCCGUUCACGGACAACUUUUUUUUAUUUUGUACGCUUAAUUCGCGAGCCAUAUUUGUAGACAGGAGUUUGUUCGGACAGUUGCUUGUGACAUUAUACAUUGACAUAGUUAAUCGGCGAUUUGUAAGCCACUUCCGGACAACAGCCAUAGAGGAAUCAAGAUUUAGGGGCACGGUUUAAUAUAGUAGCGAGUUAGAAAUUUAGGCAUAGAAGUUCGUAUUGGGCAGCGACCGUUCCAAGCAAGGGAACCUCGCGGCACAUUCGAUUCUAUUUAUAUUUCGGAUUAAUAUUUCAAAAAAUGUUCUUGAACAAUAUAAAAUUAUUUAUUGGAUAAGAUCGUCUGUAUAUAUGUUGAAUUAUAUAUACGUAUUUGUAGAUAAAUUUUGACAAUCGUAUGGAAAUGAGCUGAUAUUUGUAUUAAAUUCAAUUUCAAAAUUUUGUCGCGACAAUUCUCUUUCAAGAUAAGCGUGUUGUUUAUCGUGCUUGUGAAAAAUAUUGCGAUUGUUCCCUUGUUUGUCACACACGAAUCAUUAUCGCAGCGCAGUUCGUCACUCCAGGUUAUUAAACGUAAGCGAUUCAACGAUGGCAUGGCCUAUUCAUUACCGAUAAAACAGUAUCGAGUUAUUUUCAUAUGAACGAGUUUCGAUAACAUAUUAACGAUUUUAUAUUGAAUACACUCGUGGCCUUUACUUGAUAUAAAUAUAAAUAUACAUACAUAUAUAUAUAUAUAUAUAUAUAUAUAUAUAUAUAUAUAUAUAUAUAUAUAUAUAUGUCGAAAUAAUAUAGAUAGUAUACUAAAUAACGACAUUAGCGGAGACAGAGAUAGAAAGAAAUGUAAGGAUAUCGCGCCAUAAAAGAUUCAUCUUCUUGCAACACAAGAUUGAAUUGCGCGAUACUCGCUAAUGGGUUAGCUACCAAGAUUUCUGAAAGAAUGAGGGAACGAGUGCGAGAGAGGGAGAGAAUGCGAUGAAGGAAAUAAUUAAACGUGUGAAAGAGGCCGAGUGAUAGCGAAAACACACGUUUAUGGCAAUCUGGGUAAGUUUAAUGCCAUUGUAAUUUUUAAAACUAUUUGUCCUUUCAAGAAAAUUCUACGCAAUAGAAAAUUAAAAUUAACGAAACUUGAAGUAACGUGUAACCUCGAGAAAUGCUGCCAAUUUUUUCAUAUGAUAGAAUGAAAACAAAACGCGAUAAUAUCAUAUGGACGAGAAAUGUAUGAGCUUCAUUUGGAAGGCAGAUAGCGAAAUUAUUCAAAUAUAAACACGAUCGUCGUAUCAUAAGUUUGUAUUUUGCUACAUUAUCAUCAACGCGCGUUACAAUAAUAUGCGAAGUGAAAAGGAGGAAAAAAGUAUAGGAGUAAUAACCAUAGAUAUUUUUUGAGUAUAUUUAAUAUUAAAAAUUUACAAAUUAGUAGUGUUAUAUUAUUAAUAUUAAUGUUUACAAUUUAGUAGCGUUAUUUUAUUAUAUUAUUAUUAUUAUUAUUAUGCAGAUAAUAUUGAAUGAGAACUAAAGCAAAGCAUUUUAUAGUUGUCAAUUUAUAUUCUGUAAGAUAAGCAGGUAGAUUUAGUCGCAAUUUAGAUAUGUUAAACAAGAAGUACAUUUGGGAAAAAGAUUCUAAUAUUUUUAUUCAAGUUAUUUUUUUAAUUGCAUUUUUUUAAACUUUUUUCUAUGUGCAUAUAUAUAUAUAUAUAUAUAUAUAUAUAUAUAUAUAUAUAUAUAUUUGUGCAAUGAAAUUCCUCUACGCGACUGAAUAGAUAUAUGUAAUAAAAAUAAUUGACAGUUAUUCUUAAUUUUAUUUUAGCUUUCCAUUUAAGAGUUUAUAAACUUGCGACUAAAUGUAUGUGUGAACAAAAUGGAAACAAUAUUACAUACUAGUUAAAAAGAUUGCACGAUAAAUUUCUAACAAUCGAUGAAAAAUCGGCAAGAGCAAACUUGAAAACUCGUCUCGAUUUUCUUUGGCGAUUAAACGCUUUGGCGAAACCGAUGAAUUUUUAUUGAGACAUUCCAGAAGAAUUUCCUGUAAAGUACUUUAUCUCCACGAUUUAUUAUAUACUUUGGAUUUCUGUGAAUAACAAAUUAUAAAUAUUCCGUUUAAACUAUCGAUUUAGACAUUGCGUCUUAACGGUUUUUUUUGCCUUUUCGCGAAAAAAAAUUUGAUAUUUCCACUUAUCUCCUGAAAUGUAUUUAACUCUAGAAUGCACUAUGGAAUUAUUCGUAUCGUUUCUGGAUAGCACGAUACGUAUUAGAUGUUUCAUUCGUAUAGAUCACAGUACUUGAUUAUAUCUUUGCAAGAUAUUAGAAUAUGUGGUUGAAAUAAAUGAUUAGCGUGAGGAGACCCAAUUAUGAUUUUUUAUAAACAGAUAUAACAUCAAAUUUUCAUCUGGAAAAAUGUGUUUUUUGUGUCGCGUUUAUGUAAAAUUAUUUUCAUUUUUGAUUCUAGAGUUAAAUAACACUAAUCUUUUCUUUACAUCUACGAAGGAAAAUCUUAACGUAGCAAAGGUACGUUUGUAUUGUGUCCCUCAUGAAAGUACCGCGUACUGUUAUGGCAUUUUUUUUUAGACUUGUAACAUAUUAAAAUGUGUGCAUUAGGCGAAUAUCGCGCAUUUUCUCAUCUUCCUCUAUUUAAGCGACCGAAAACUGCGACAUCGGAAAACAAUAUACAAAAAACUAUCCUUUUUCAUCUUCUGCAUUUGUGAGAGGAAGAUACUUAUAGCAGCAUUAUUAUUGAGCUAUUGAAAAUAGCAAGAUUACACGCAUAUUUUAUUGAAAAUAAUAUUAUUUAUUGGCGUAAGAUAUAAUUAGAAGAUGAGAGAUAAUGUAAAAACUACUUGUACUUUCUUGAGGUAACUAGAGAUUGUUUAAAUAAAAGAUGGAUAUAUCUCAAA